AUGAAGCAAUCUGUGAAAGCAUCUUCACAAGGAAAGCCAACGCUUUCAUCUGCUCGUAUUAUCUAUCUAUCUAUCUAUCUAUCUAUCUAUCUAUCUAUCUAUUUCAAUCUGCCCAAAAUAUUCUCUGCGUUUUUACGCAUGCGCUUUCAAAAUGUGCAACUGUGGGUUGUAGGUGUAGGAGUGCUGCUUUACGUGUCGAUUAGCCUUUGUAUGGAUCAUAUUCUUAUUGCGCGCGCAGACCUAUCUGUUUCAACUAGACGUUUCCAUUGGUCUUUCUUUUCUUUUUCUUUCUAUCUGUGUAAAAGUCCUCCCCCUACCACCACCACCACCACCACCACCAUCACCACUGCCUCCUCUUUACUCUUCUGCCAAUCCUUCUACCCGCUCUCCCAACGGAGAGACUUCCUUUCUUCUUCUCGUUCAGUAUUUCGGCUCACUCUUUUUCACAAGUCUCCACCCCGUCUGUUUACUUGUCUCUCUAUAUUCAAUCCUCCAAUCAAUUUCUUUGUGGGUCUACCCCUUCUAUUAUCCUCGCUCUCUUUUAGUUACCCGCUCACUCGUUCUCUCUCUGUUGACAUUCGUAAAAAAUGGAUCAGGGCCAUUUUGGAAGAGAGGAAAAAGGAAGCAAGUAUGGCGUUUGGGUGA